CGUACUGUAUCGAUGCUGUUUCAAAUCACCGUCAUGCAAAUUCGAGAACUACCACCAUCGAUAUUACAAGCCGAUUUCAACAUUGUCAUACGAUCGCAUUGCAAAACCCUUCAAUGCGCUACAAAGUUACAGCGAGUAAUGAACCUGACGUUGAUGAUACAGCUUACAUGCUGCAGCGCCAUUUGGUGUCUAAUGUUAUUCUACAUACUGCAAAUGGGAUUAUCUUUCAAGGUGCUCAACGUUUCGUUACUACUCCUGCUAAUGACAUUUGAAACAUACAUGUACUGUCAUUUGGGCACAAAAUAUACGAAUGCAGCUGACGAAGUGUUCGGUGCCCUACAACAGCUUACCUGGUACGAACAACCCGUACCGAUUCAAAGGCAACUUUACUUCAUGAUGCAACACUCUCAGAGAUCCAUUGCAUUGAAAGCGGGAAAGCUUUUCCCCGUCAACAUUGCACAGUUUAGUGAAAUUGUUAAAAAAUCAUACUCGUUCUACCUCGUCCUCAAGGAUGUGUUCUAA